AUGGUAUAUUCAGGUGCAGUAAUAUGGGUGUCCUUCGUGUGGCUGGCAGCUUUUAUUUUUGUUAUUCCACUCACUGUUGUUGGUAAAAUAACAAAAGAUGGCAAAUGUAAAGAAUAUUGGCCUUCCCUUGCUAAUCGCCAGGCAUACACCGUCUCACUCCUCACAGCACAGUAUAUUUUACCGCUGCUGAUAAUAGCAAUUUGCUACAUACGAAUAUGGCUUUUUAUGAGAAAUCGACCGGUGUUUCCGAGAAACAGCAAUUUAUUCACUAACAGACGGAUCCCGGGAGUAAAAAAUACAAGAGAGAGUAUGAUAAUACUGAAAACCGUAGCAGUAAUUGUGUUCUUGUUUUCGGUAUUGUUGCUGCCAAAUCAAGUCGCGUGGAUGCUGUUGGAUUUCAGAAAUGUUUCCUACGAAGAGCUCUGGUUUGUUGCAAAUAUAUUUUCAAGGCUCCAUAGCUGUCUAAACCCAGUCGUUUAUGGAGUGAUGAAUAAACAGUACCGUCGUAAUUACGUCACGUUUUUAACACGCGCCCUGUACUACGGUCACGUGUCACGUGUCGCGCAGGCGCCAACAUAG